CGCUUCCCUGCGCGCCGCAGUCUCGAGAGCGCCGAGGAGGUGUCCACGGAGUCCUCGACCAGCCGCUCCCGCAAACCCGGGCUUACUGUAGGGCUGCACCCCAUCGGGCCGUCCGCCGGGCACGGGAGGGGACACCAUGCCGAUCAAUAAGUCAGAGAAGCCGGAAAGCUGCGAUAAUGUGAAGGUGGUCGUUAGGUGCCGGCCCCUCAAUGAGAGAGAGAAGUCCAUGUGCUACAGGCAGGCGGUCAGUGUGGAUGAGAUGAGGGGAACCAUCACCGUGCAUAAGACUGAUUCCUCCAAUGAGCCUCCAAAGACGUUUACUUUUGAUACCGUUUUUGGACCAGAAAGUAAACAACUUGACGUUUACAACUUAACUGCAAGACCUAUUAUUGAUUCUGUUCUUGAAGGCUAUAAUGGGACUAUUUUUGCAUAUGGUCAAACUGGAACAGGCAAAACUUUUACCAUGGAAGGUGUUCGAGCUGUUCCUGAACUUAGAGGAAUUAUUCCCAACUCAUUUGCUCACAUAUUUGGUCAUAUUGCAAAAGCAGAGGGUGAUACAAGAUUUUUAGUUCGAGUGUCAUAUUUAGAAAUAUAUAAUGAAGAAGUUCGUGACCUUUUGGGCAAGGACCAGACACAGCGGUUAGAGGUUAAAGAAAGACCUGAUGUGGGAGUUUAUAUCAAAGAUUUAUCAGCUUAUGUAGUAAAUAAUGCUGAUGAUAUGGAUAGAAUUAUGACGCUAGGCCACAAAAAUCGCUCUGUGGGCGCCACCAACAUGAACGAGCACAGCUCCCGCUCCCAUGCCAUCUUCACUAUCACCAUUGAGUGCAGCGAGAAGGGCGUGGAUGGCAACAUGCACGUCAGGAUGGGCAAGCUACAUCUCGUGGACCUGGCUGGCUCAGAAAGACAAGCAAAAACUGGAGCUACAGGACAACGUCUAAAGGAAGCUACAAAAAUCAAUCUUUCACUUUCCACACUUGGUAAUGUGAUUUCUGCCUUGGUUGAUGGAAAAAGCACUCACGUGCCUUACCGUAACUCCAAGCUGACUCGUCUUCUUCAGGAUUCUUUAGGUGGAAACUCGAAAACCAUGAUGUGUGCAAAUAUUGGGCCAGCAGAUUACAAUUAUGAUGAAACUAUCAGUACGUUACGGUAUGCCAAUCGUGCUAAGAAUAUUAAAAAUAAAGCUAGAAUUAAUGAAGACCCAAAGGAUGCUCUGCUUCGUCAGUUUCAGAAAGAAAUAGAAGAACUGAAGAAGAAGCUUGAAGAAGGGGAAGAAAUAUCAGGCUCUGAUAUCAGCGGGUCAGAGGAAGAUGACGAUGAAGAGGGUGAGGUUGGAGAAGACGGAGAGAAAAGGAAAAGGAGGAGGGGCAGUAGCAGCAGCAGUAGUUCAGACUCUACAUGUUCUGUCCUAGAGAAACCUCUGGAUAAGUUCUUGCCUAAUCAAGCAGGUAAAAAGAAAGUUUCUCCAGAUAAGAUGGUUGAAAUGCAAGCAAAGAUUGAUGAGGAGAGAAAGGCAUUGGAGACAAAGCUAGAUAUGGAAGAAGAAGAAAGAAACAAGGCUAGGGCGGAGUUGGAGAAACGUGAAAAAGAUCUUCUAAAAGCCCAGCAAGAGCAUCAGUCUUUGCUCGAAAAAUUGUCUGCUCUGGAGAAAAAGGUAAUAGUUGGUGGUGUUGAUUUGUUGGCCAAAGCUGAGGAGCAGGAGAAACUUCUUGAAGAAUCUAACAUGGAACUGGAAGAAAGGAGGAAAAGAGCUGAGCAGCUUCGCAGAGAACUGGAGGAAAAAGAGCAAGAGCGCUUGGAUAUUGAAGAAAAAUACACCAGUUUGCAGGAGGAAGCACAGGGAAAGACCAAAAAACUAAAGAAAGUUUGGACUAUGCUGAUGGCUGCAAAAUCAGAGACGGCUGACCUCCAGCAGGAGCACCAAAGGGAGAUCGAAGGCCUGCUGGAGAACAUUCGGCAGCUCAGCCGGGAGCUUCGGCUGCAGAUGCUCAUCAUUGACAACUUUAUACCUCAAGACUACCAGGAGAUGAUUGAAAACUAUGUCCACUGGAAUGAAGACAUAGGAGAGUGGCAGCUAAAAUGCGUUGCCUAUACAGGAAAUAACAUGAGGAAGCAAACGCCAGUACCUGAUAAAAAGGAGAAAGAUCCUUUUGAAGUAGACCUUUCCCAUGUGUACCUUGCCUAUACCGAGGAGAGUCUGCGUCAGUCUUUGUUGAAGUUGGAAAGGCCCCGGACCUCAAAGGGGAAGGUGAGGCCAAAGACCGGGAGAAGAAAGCGUUCAGCAAAGCCUGAGACCGUAAUCGAUUCCUUACUUCAGUGAGUGCUACAAAUGGGAAUCGCAAUAAAAGCUGGCGGUGUUCUCGUGAGUGGAUAAAUCUUUAAUUAAAACACUGAAGACUUACGUGUAGCUUCGCGUAAUGGAAUCUAUAAACUGUGGACUAAGACUAGAAGUAGUAAGUUGCCUACUCGCUUAGCCCCCACGUGCUAAGGUGGCGCAGCGCAGUGAGGCCGUGCAGCUGUGGGGACUGGUCGCGCUCUCGCCCGCGGUG